GAAAUUUCGUAGAUUUGUCUACAGAAAAGCAUGUUGAAAAGAGAACGAAAGCAGAAAUAAUCACGUCUGAAACUAAAUACAUGGACAAUGUGGUAUUUCCUGAUAAAAAUUUGUUGACCAUUGAGUGGCUGUUGCCUCUUGUUAUAAUAAUAACAACAUUUGUGGCAGUAACAGCUGUUUUACUAAGGUGCAGAAAAGCCAAAUUGGAACAGAACUCAAGCCGGAUUGAUGAUAAUGAAGAAGAUGCUCAAGGAAAUUUGGUUGAAAAUGGCUUGUACCAGUCAUCUAGAUUUUUUGAACAAAACAAUGUACGUGAACAAGUUGAAGCUGUUUCGUCUUUCCAAAGACAUGCUGAUGUAGGAGAUAGAUAUUUGAAUGCCAGAAAACCUCAACGAAAUACUGGACAUGACGUCAGAGGUAUAAUAUCUCAAGGUGCCAAUGCACAGAUCAACGAAAUAAAUAUGAACUACGCUGAAGUAAUGUUUGAAGUCAAGCAUCCAACACGUCAUUUUGUCAUUCAUGGUAAUGAAAACAGAACAAUUUAUUCUGACAUUGAUCAGUUAGCUAGAGCAGAGCCUUUACCGUCAUCAAGCAGUGAAAGUGAGGAAGAAUGAAUAUAUGUUGAAGGCAUUGAGAACUUCCAUAAAAAAUCUAAUAUCUAGACGAUGUUUAUGUAUACAGAUAAUGCAACUCUCGGUCAUACCAACACACGUUUUAACUAUUGUCAUUGUUUUGUUACUUCUUGUAAUUUGUUUAGUUUAUAAAUAGGGAAAAUCUGCCUGGGUUAUUCCUAAAGAUUCUCCUUUGGUCCAUUAAAAUGCACAAAUAAAAAAAAGGUCGAAAAUUAAAAUACCAGCGAAAUGUUUCCUAACCAGGUAAAACAUGGUUAUAACGAAUUUUUGAGGACCAACGGUAUAACUUAACGGAUAAAGACAAAAACCGUUAUUUUGAUAUAACAAAUUUCGUUAGACAAUAUACGAUUGCGUUGUAAGGGGAACAUUGUGGAACUAGACAAGGUAGUUUAGCAAAAAAUUAAUGCUACAUAUACAAACAAAUUAUAUUAUGUUUACAACGUCGGAAAAGAGAUGACGAUGUCAGGUUGUUUUUGCCUUCUUGAAAAUAUUUUGUUCAAUUUCCACAAGUGCCGAAAAUAAGUGUUCACCAAAGUUGUCUGGUUUUUGACAUGUUUGAGACAUUUUACGAACUGUCACUAACCCCAGUAGUCCAUCACUUUUUGUUGUUUAUUCAUUCUUGGUUGGACGUCUAUUUUUUUAUCGUCGGUGUUAGAAUCCUUGUUUAAAAUAUCAUUAUAUAAAGGCUUUAAUCAAUAAAUUCCCAAAUUUAUUAACGGAAACUUAUCAGUAUCGGUCCAAUUAUUGGAAUAUUUUCGUUUUGUUUUUCUUUGUACUAUCCAAACAAAGCUGCAUCAACAUUUUGAUGAGCUGACGAUCUGUUCCUUUUUCUCGAUAGAGAUUUGGUUUAACUUUCAUAAGAUUCAAUGAUUGCAUCCUUGCUUUUCACAAUUGUACAUAGCGUUUUGGAUAAGAUAUAAAAUCUGUCGGCAUAUCAUUCUUUUUUUCAUUUCACGUUUAAACCCAUUGAAUUAUUUUAAACUUAGUGUCUACAGAUCAAACUUUUUCUUGUCGGCAAAUUAUUACGUGUGCAGGCAACCGGCACCCACAAAUUGUGUCGGGGAUUUUCAAAAGCUUAUUAUCUUAAACAAGAUACCAGAUAUUUUUUUUAAUCAGAUUUUUUGUAAAUAAACUGUUAUCUUAU